AUGUCUCCUACUGCUCACUCUACCAGCGACAAGAAGACCUCGGCAGCAGCCAGAGUUCUCGGCUCUGCAGCUGCAGGUAUCGCCGAAAUUGGAGUCUUUCACCCCGUCGACACCAUCUCCAAGAGAUUGAUGUCGAACCACACCAAGGUCACCACCUUGCACGAGUUGAACCAGGUCAUCUUUAGACAAGCAGCCGCAGAACCGUUUGUCAAGAGAUGCUUCACGUUGUUCCCCGGCUUGGGAUAUGCUGCAUGCUACAAAAUUCUACAAAGAAUUUACAAGUACGGUGGCCAGCCAUUUGCCAAUGAGUUCUUGACCAAGAACUUUAAAGAUGACUUUGAUGGCUGGUUUGGCCCCAAGAACGGCAAGGCUUUGAUGAGCGCCACUGCCGGGUCCCUCAUUGGGAUUGGUGAGGUUGUCUUGUUGCCCUUGGACGUGUUGAAGAUCAAACGUCAAACAAACCCCGAGUCGUUUAGAGGCAGAGGGUUCUUGAAGGUGCUUGCUGAUGAAGGGUUUGGGUUAUAUAGAGGCUGGGGAUGGACAAUGGCUAGAAACGCGCCGGGUUCCUUUGCGUUGUUUGGGGGAAACUCGUUUGCCAAGGAGUACAUUUUCGGAUUGAAGGAUUAUAACCAGGCUACCUGGACGCAAAAUUUCGUUACCUCGAUAUUUGGUGCCAGUGCUUCCUUGAUUGUUAGUGCGCCAUUAGACGUGAUCAAGACCAGAAUUCAAAAUCGAAACUUUGACAACCCCGAAGGAGGUUUCACCAUUUUGAAAAACAUGUUUAAAAACGAAGGCAUCACGGCUUUUUUCAAAGGAUUGACUCCAAAAUUGUUGACCACUGGUCCUAAAUUGGUGUUUUCAUUUGCCAUGGCUCAAUCUUUGAUUCCUGCAUUUGACAAAUUGUUGCGUAAGUAG